AUGUCAUCAAAAAGGUUAGUACGGAGACAAUCACUAAUAUCAAAGGUACAAUCAUUUCCAUUUGACACAUAUCUCUAUUUGAAUGAAAUUCGGUUAUCAAUUGAUUGGGAUGAAUAUGCAAUAUCAUUGGGCUUACCAUUAGGAAUAGCUACCUGUUCACUAUCAAUUUUGAUUCAAUCCAUUCUUUCUUACAACAAUUCAAUCAACAAGAGAUCCAAGAAUUCAUUAUUUAAUUCAAAUUAUUAUCAAUAUGAAAAUUUGAAAAAUUCAAUCAACUCCAGGCAGAAAUAUGAUUACGAAAUCAACACUUCAACCACCAAUACCAUUAUGUGGGGUUUGAACGGAUUACAAAGUUUGAUAAUUCUUAUGUCACUCAUCAAUGUGGUUUUGAUUUAUACUGGGAAGAGAAAUUACCAACUUUUAUAUUGUAAAAAUAGACCACUGUAUAAAUCAGCAGUCCAUCCAGCUAGUCAAGAAUCAAUAUUUUACAUGGCCCUUUAUUUCAUAGUUAAUUUUUUUUCAAAAGAUGAUGAAGAAGCGGAUGAUGGAGAUGAACAUUUUCAUAAUGGUACAGAAGAUAUUGCUGAAGGGGAAUCGUGGCAAUUAAGAGUUUGGGAACCAUCUAAAUUUUCAUUGUAUCUUUACAUUGCUUUAAACCCCAUAAAUAAUUAUAUCAUACAUUACUUUACUUCAGAAAUUUCAUCAUUAAACAUUCUCAUUUUAAUAACUUUGGUGACAACCUUAAAUUACAAGCUAAUUGAAGGAUUUUUAAACUUAAUACAGGACAAGAAGAUUUUGUUUCAAGAAACAUUCAGUGAAUUCAAUAAUAAAGUUGUAAAACCAAAAACAAACAUUUUGAAAAAGGAUGCAGCAAUCGAUGCAGCUAUGGGACCUUUGUACUCGUCGGUUUUAGUCAAUGAUAAGCCUUACACAUUCACCAAACUGAAAGUUUUCACCACUCAUGAUAAUAAGGGCAAACCUACUACAGAAUAUAUAGAUUCUACAAUUAUGGAAAACCCUGAGGAAGAUGAAGUAGAAAAUUUAUAUUUUCCAAAAAGUCAACAACCCAGUCGUAUUUCAAGUCGAAUGCCAAGUCGAGCUCCAAGUCGUGCUGGUAGUAUACAUGAGUAUUUACCAACUAAUCGUCAAUUUCCUCAAUCAACGAAUUAUCAUAAUGAAUUUAACAAUAGCUAUUACUCAUCUACACCAUAUCAGAACCAAAAUCCUAUAGGUCGUAUGCAAAGUCCGGCAUCAUCAAGAUUUACAAGAACACCAACUUACUCGAAUAAUAUCAGUUACAAUAGGUCACCUAGCCCAACGCAUAGAUCCAAUAUAAAUUCAAGAUUAAGUCCACAAAGAUUAUCACCAAAUAAACCUAAUUUGGAUUAUCCAAGAAAUGAUGUUAUAAAUCUGUCUCAUCAUUCACCAAUAACUCGCACACCCCAAUUAUAUAGAUCGCCAUCACCUCAGAGAACUCCCAUUUUCUAUCGGAGUCCUUCUCCAAGACGCGAAUCUGACUCAAAUAGACCUCGACCUGGUUGGAAAUAG